GCGAAGAUAUUCGCUCGAGUGUGGAACGCGUAACGUAGGCAAGCAGCAACUCAGUUAGUCAAUCGAUCGACGAACAAAUACAAAACGUUAAAAGUGAAAACAGACAAACCAAAGAAAAAAAAUACGGUUUCGGUAUUUGAGAUUUUGUGUCAGGUGCUAACAGUAACGAGCUCAGGAAAACAGACAGAAACACACAGCAAUUAGUUAAUAUAUAAUCAUAUAGCCAUGUCGAGUAGAUGGCCAGAAAAUGUUGGAAUACGCGCAAUUGAAGUGCUCUUCCCCGCGCAAUAUGUGGACCAAGCGGAACUGGAACAGUUCGAUGGCGCAUCCGCCGGCAAGUACACAAUUGGCCUGGGCCAGGCCAAAAUGGGUUUCUGUUCGGAUCGCGAGGAUGUCAACUCGUUGUGCCUGACCGUCGUCAGUCGACUACUGGAGAGGCAUCACAUCAAGCAUACGGAAAUUGGUCGACUGGAAGUCGGCACCGAAACGAUUGUCGAUAAAUCGAAAUCGGUGAAAUCGGUGCUGAUGCAACUGUUUGCGGAGAGUGGCAACACCGACAUCGAAGGUAUCGAUACCACAAAUGCCUGUUAUGGCGGCACCGCCGCUCUCUUCAACGCCCUCAACUGGAUCGAGUCAUCCAGCUGGGAUGGCCGUUAUGCGCUCGCCGUUUGUGCCGACAUCGCCGUCUAUGCCAAGGGGGCGGCGCGUCCAACAGGUGGCGCUGGCGCCAUCGCCAUGCUGGUGGGUCCACAGGCGGCGCUGAUCUUCGAAAGGGGAUUGCGUGCCACGCACAUGGAGCAUGCCUAUGACUUUUACAAGCCCGAUCUGAGCUCCGAGUACCCGACGGUCGAUGGCAAACUAUCCAUUCAGUGCUAUCUGUCGGCACUGGACAUCUGCUAUCGCCUCUACCGGAAGAAGUUCGAGAAACAGCAUCCGGAGCAGUCCCAACGGGGUCUGCAGAACUUUGAUGCCAUCCUGUUCCAUACGCCAUUCUGCAAACUGGUCCAGAAGUCUGUGGGUCGUUUGAGCUUCAACGAUUUCCUGCUGAGCAGCGAGCAGCAGCGUCUCGAGCACUUUGCUGGACUUGAGCGCUUCAACAGUGCCACACUGGAGAGCACUUACUUUGACCGGGAUGUGGAGAAGGCGUUCCUCGCCCAGUCCGCCGAGGUGUUUGCUUCCAAGACCAAGAAGUCACUGUUGCUGGCAAAUCAAGUGGGCAACAUGUACACGCCCUCGGUCUAUUCCGGCCUCGUCUCGCUGCUAAUUGGUGGACCAGCUGCCGAUCUGGUGGGCAAGCGCAUUGGUGUCUUCUCCUAUGGCUCCGGUCUGGCUGCCUCCAUGUAUUCCAUCAAAGUCACCCAGGAUGUGACGGCCUUCGAGAAGUUUGUGGCCAAGCUGGACUAUGUGCUGCCGCUGCUGAAUGCACGCGAGAAGAUCGCACCCGAGCAGUUCUCGGCCCUAAUGGAGGUGCGCGAGAGGAACAAUCACGCGGCGCCAUAUACACCGACGGGCAGCAUCAGUGCCUUGUCGCCGGGCACCUACUACCUGAAGGAUGUGGAUGCGCUGCACAGGCGCAGCUACGAUCGCACCCCCACCAUCACGAAUGGUGUACACUAGCUAGCCCCCAUCCUCCCCAUCCCCAUUUCCCCAAGAAAAAGGUUUCCCCUCUCCCCUUCCCUGCUCGCGCUGAACUACUUAAAACUUGACAAUAAUAAUAAAGUUCACCAUAAACUUUCAUACUACUUAGCCACAUCGGAUCGGAUAUAAGGCGUAAGCUAAAAUGGAUCAAACGAAGUCGAAUUAUCUCGACUCGACUCUUUUUUAAACAUUAGCUUCUUAACUUGGGUGGAUAUGGACGCCUCUAC